AUGAGUACUACGAACUGGUUUGACGCUUGGGACGCAGAGGCGCUUUACAAAGAUGACGUUGCUGGCUGCGAUGAUUGUGCAAAGACGUCCCCGUUACCAGAGUCUGGUGUUAUUUGCGGGCCUGUGUUGAGACUCAUCAACAUGGAUUUCAAGGAAAAGCAUUAUGAGGGGUCCAUUAUGAUGGUCGUCAGAGGUGAAGAAAAAAUUCCGAAAAUUGCUUACCAACUGGGACCCUCUUUGCCCUCUGAAGGUGAGGAAACUGAAAUUAGCGAAGCCUACUUCGACAAUCAGCUUUUCCAUAAAGAUCAGCUAAAAGGUGAUGAUAUCUGGUUUUACAGAUACGAAAUCCAAUUACCAAUGGCUAAAUACGAACAGAUGGUGAAAUACUCCAUUGAUGGUACGACAGAGCCGCACUAUAGGUUCUUCAUCCCGUCUUUCACUCAGAACUCAAACGUUAUUUCAUACUCGUGUAACGGGUUCUCCUUAAGCGUAGACACGUCGAAAUUCAAGGGCUCUCUGUGGUAUGAUGUUCUUAGGAAGCAUCAGUACGUCCAUUACCAUGCUAUUCUUGGUGGUGGUGACCAGAUUUAUUCGGAUAAUAUUAAAUUGCACGCUCCUAAUUUCAAAGCGUGGUUGGAGACAAAAGACCCUAUCAAGAAGUACAAUACUAAGACGACUGAGGAGACCAGGGACCAGAUUAGACAGUUUUAUUUGGAACACUACUUAAAUUGGUACGGCUAUGGUCAUUGGUAUGGUUCCACACCUACGUCCAAAACCACCCAAAAGUGUUUUGUGAAAUCGUUGGCGUGUAUUCCAGCCAUCAAUGUUUGGGAUGACCACGAUAUCAUCGAUGGGUAUGGUUCCUACAACGAUGCAUUUAUGAGAACUGAGAACUUUGUGACCGUUGGAAGAAUGGCUUAUAGAUAUUAUAUGCUCUUUCAACAUCACGUCAGCGCCUCUAAGGAAGAUGGUGACGAUUUUGCUUAUUUACAAAGCAAACAGUGGAUUUUGGGUAAUGAAGAGGGGAGUCCAUACAUUGGCGAAAGGUCUCACUCGAUAUUCUCUUGGUUGGGCCCCAAAAUGGGCAUGUUGGGUUUGGAUUGUAGAACUGAGAGAAAACUACGCCAAGUAUUCUCAGAAAGAAGCUACUCUUUGAUCUGGGAACGUGUAGAAAGCGAAUUGAAAGCUUUGAAAGGGGGACACUUGUUGGUGAUGUUAGGUAUCCCCAUUGCGUAUCCAAGAUUAGUUUGGUUAGAGUGGCUAUUCACCUCAAAGUUAUUGGCUCCAGUCAAAUAUCUCUCCAAGAAAGGUAUAAUUCCCAGUGGCUUGGUUAAUGAAUUCAACGGAGACGUUGAAUUACUGGACGAUUUAAAUGACCAUUGGUGUGCAAGACACCACAAGAAAGAAAGAAAUUAUUUGGUAAUGAAACUGCAAGACAUUGGCGCCAAAUACGGUGUCAGAAUCACUAUCUUAUCAGGUGAUGUUCAUUUAGCAUCCAUUGGGAGGUUUAGAGCAAAGACACAUAGACAUCAUCUCAUUAUGUCCGAAAAGAAGGAAAAGGAAAACGCCGAAAUUAUCGAAGAACCAACCAAAGAUGAAAGGUUAAUGUUUAACAUCAUUGCCAGUGCUAUCGUAAAUACACCACCGCCUGAUGCAAUGGCCACCUUACUACAAAAAAGAUGCCAUUUGCACCAUUUUGAUACGGAAACUGAUGAAGAUGCGGUACCAAUCUUUGCCAAGGAAGUGGAUGGGGCACGUGACCGUAACGAUUCAUGUUUUAUGAAUAAGAGAAAUUGGUCAGAUAUUAUACCCGUGGAAAACGUAUUGAACAACCCUCGAUUGAGCAAAGAGUUGAAUGUAAAAGUUGGAGAUAUCGUCAUUCCGGGCGUCAUCACAGAAAAACAAAAGUUGGCACCCUCAAAGAGUGACCAGUUCAACUCUUAUCCGGUGACUUCCGCCGGUCUGUUUGCCACUGUUCGUGUGGAAAAAGACGUGAGUCAAGCGGAUUCACAAACUGUGAGUUAUGGUCUUCCUAUUCCGGAAUUAGAGAUUACUCGCGAAAAGUUGUCUCAUGCAGGUAUUAAACAUCUGAAUGUGAUGUAA